AUGCAAGAAGUGACUGUCAACGAUGCAGAAAUAGGGGGGAUUAAAUGCGUAUACGCAAGCGCCAACGGUUCCUCGGAGUCCAGGUUACAAUCUAGGUUACAGCGUCGGAGCGGAAGCCCAGAAAGCUUAGAACUAGAACAGCCCUUGGGCAGUAAUGAUAUUUCGCAAGAGAGAUCUAUAGAAAGCUCUAUGGAUCUUGAAAGUGAUACUACCGAUAUGUCGAUACCGAAUAAUGCAAGUCUGAACCUUGAGGAUCUGGCCCCGUGGUCACAAGAGAUGGGGGAGCAAUUCCCUUGGCUCACCACAGAUUCAAGUUUCGAUAACACGGCUCUCCACUCAACAAAUCUAGAUGCAGCAGACUGGAACCUCACUCAAUUGUCACCAACGUAUCCGUCUUAUCAAUACACAACUCCAACUACCUCGGAGUCAUACAACGGUGCUCUCGAAAUGUCAAGUGGAAAAUCAACCACCAAGAGUUCCUCAAAUCACGCGCCCUCACACAAAGAAAAGGCGCCUAUUACUUGUCAGUGUCGGUCACGACUAACGCUUUUUAUCCCCAAAAUUACCAGCGUGAUGGAAGAAUCACCAACCCCAAGACUAGACAAUGUUUUCAAAGCGACGAGAGAAGUGAUUCAAAGUUGCCAAAACAUGAUUGAUUGCACAAGUUGUCAACUCAGUUGUUCGGAUCUCAUGUGUUUACUAGUGGUCUUUCAGCAUACAGACGCAUGCUUUACACAUAUUUCAAAAGUUGAUCUGACUGAUGCUACCACGGUCAGUAUCGGCGGUUACGAAGUUUCUAUCACCAACGAUAUUAGACCAAGACAAAUGCUUGACAUGGAUCUGGGGAGACAGGCAAAUAUGUUGCUUGACUCAAUUACCGCUGUUGAGGAGACCCUGGCUGCUUCACCAUUUGCUGCAAAUCGUUUAAACGAGGUGAAUAGCGAGUUUUUAAAAAAUGUUAAGGAUGCUUUCAGGGCAAAUUUACAAGCAGUUACAGAUUCGGUCAAUAAGGUGACCUAA